ACAAGUGUGCCUCUCCUGCUGGGCUCUCCUCACUCCGCUGGGGAACAAGAGAGAGCAGGAUGUGAGCGCCGCACCCCACGCUGCCAGAGCUUCAUGACAUCUCGCAGUCCCACCUUUCCCGUGGAACAGCUUAAGUUUUCUGCUAAGAACUAAAUCUGAAGACUCCCAAGAAACCCCAGGCCAAGUCUACUUGCCAAAGUUUUGCUGGCGCCGGAGCCUUGCUGAAGAGGGAGAGAGAGAAACACACACACACAAAGAAAAGUUUCUUUUAAAUUCUCCAUGAAGUGUAUUAUGUUCUGCCAUUCAUUCCCAAAGCCACAGGAAGCAUUCCACUUGGGAAAGGGAGUCGGUGAGAAGCGGAGGUGAGAAGGUACCUGGGACAACAGAUGCCUUUGUUUUCCCUGUGGGGACAGUAUUAGAGCCUAGUGUGGCUUGGCGACGCCGCAAAGAUGAAUGGCACCAGCAGCAGUACUGUGGGCCAGCUCCUGUGGCAGAGGCCAGUGUGCAUCAGCUGGAAGCCGGACAUGGAAGGGGCCGUCUACCACCUGGCCAGCUGCAUCCUGCUCCUGGGCUUCAUGGCGGGCAGCGGGGUAUAUGGCUGCUUCUACCUUUUUGGUUUCUUGGGUACAGGCUACCUGUGCUGUGCGCUGUGGGGCUGGUUCCAUGCCUGUGGCCUGGACGUUGUCCUUUGGAGCUUCCUGCUGGCCGUGGCUUGCGUGCUCCAGCUGGCUUACCUGGUAUACCGCCUGCGUGAGGAUACCCUCCCUGAGGAAUUCAACCUCCUGUACAAGACGCUCUGGGUGCCCCUGCAGGUGCCCCUGCAGACGUACAAGGAGAUUGUGCACUGCUGUGACGAGCAGGUGUUGACACUGGCCACGGAGCAGACCUAUGCCGUGGAGGGUGAGACACCCAUCAACCGUCUGUCCCUGCUGCUCUCUGGCCGGGUCCGUGUGAGCCAGGACGGGCAGUUUCUGCACUACAUCUUCCCCUACCAGUUCCUGGACUCUCCCGAGUGGGAAUCGCUGCAGCCCUCCGAGGAGGGAGUGUUCCAGGUCACCCUCACAGCUGAGACGGAAUGCAGCUACAUUUCCUGGCCCCGGAAAAGCCUCCACCUUCUGCUGACCAAGGAGCGGUACAUCUCGCGCCUCUUCUCAGCCCUGCUGGGCUAUGACAUCUCAGAGAAGCUCUACACUCUCAACGACAAGCUCUUUGCUAAGUUUGCACUGCGCUUUGACAUUCGCCUGCCCAGCCUCUACCACGUGCUGGGGCCCGCUGCCCCAGACACAGAGCCAGAGUCUGAGAAGGAUGAUGAGGAAGCCCGUGUGCCAGCCCUGUCUCCUCCUCAAGCCAUGGCCGCCUCCGCCCAGCACACGCGCCCUUGGGCUCCCCCUCCAGCUGCCACCAACUUUCCUGCACCUCUCUCCAGGGCCAGGAUGUCCAGACCUGACAGCGGCAUCCUGGGUGAGGACUCCACCAGUCUGGUGCUGGAGGAUUUUGAGGAGGUGUCAGGAUCAGAAUCGCUUAUGGAUUAUAGGAGUGAUGGGGAGUACAUGAGGUGAGGGGAGAACACGGGCACAGUCGCCGGCUGAGGACCCCGCCUUCUAGAACUCCACUCCCGAGCCAUUCUGCACUGAUAUCCCGAGGACAGGCCCCUCUGGCUCCAACCCACACUCCUGAACUUUGAGCAUUAGAGGGCCAUCCUUUUCCCCACAGGCAGCAUCGCUAUCUGUUGUGUUUGCAAACUCCUCCCCUGCCCUGCCAGGAGUGAACUCAUGGGCAAGGGGGGGCAAACUGAGAAGAACCCAGCACUGCUGCCACAUGGAGGGAAAUUUACCCCCCAGAGCCUUCCUUCCCAGAGAGGGCAAUCAAGAACACCCCUUACCACCUGCAAUCAGGAGCACAUUUACAGGUGCCUCUACACACAGGGGGUUACAAAAGGCACCUCACAGAUGAACUGAUCUGUAUUAAGCAUCUGCAACCUGGUAUGGUACCCAGUAAGCACCCAAUAAAUCACUCAGCUCCUUGCCACAUGUUGUCUGUUUGAAUAUUCCAAAGAAUCAAUGGAGUCAUCCAUCCAAGAACUUUGCACUCAUUUUUUGUUUUGUUUUAUUUUAUAUUGUUUUCCCAGCAAAAUUCAAUGUAUCUAAGUAGAAAUGUAAAAAUGUAGUUUUCUCUUAAGCUUUUAAAUUCAACUUGUGAGUUAUUUGUUCCAUUUGUAAGCCUAUUACUAAACAAUAAUUUUUAGAUUUUUUACAAAUGCAGUUAGAGUUCCUUAAACAUUUAAAAAAUAUGUAAGUUUAAUGUAUUCUGUUUUUUUCCCCUCCAUGAGUACUUCAUUGCUCUAAUGCCUGUCGCUAAACCAGUACUUAAUAGGAUAUUUUGCUUGUGAUUGAAACAUGGCUGGAUUCAGCAUGGAAGGGUUCUCACUCAGGAUUUCUCAUGCAGUUAUAGUCAGAGUUGCUGGGCCUAGAAUCACUCAAAGGCUUCUGCGCUCACCAGUUUGGAGCCCCAGAAAAGGAUGAAUCAAACAGCUGUGGGCUGCAACAGCAUCUCAGCUGUAUCAAUAUACAACAGCUUAUUUAUCCAUUCUGCCAUUGAUGGACAUUUGGGCUUCACUUGAGGUCAUUAUAAAUAUGCUGCCAUGAACAUGCUUGUAUGUCCUUUGGUGUACAUAUGUAUGCACUUCCUGGGCUUGGGCUUCUGCAUAUUCAGCCAUCGUAACUGCUGGCAGGGAUUUCUCAAGCAAUUGUACCAGUUUACAUUCCCAGUAGCAGCUUGUGAGAGGUUCUGGUGGCCUCAUCCUCCCCAGUAGUCAGCAUCGCCAUUUCCGCCCCCCAUGUUAGCCAUUUGAGCAUGCAGAGCAGCAUGUCAUGGUAGAUUUAACCUUCAUUUCCAUAAGGAGUAAUAAGGUUGAAUCCUUUUUUCUUCACCAUAUGGAUAUCUUCUCCUGUAAUGUAUCCCUUCUAGUUUCCGGUUCCCUAUUUGUGUAUGUGAUUUCUAAAUUUAAGGGAAUUCUUUAAAUAUGUAGGUUAAGCAUUUUGUGUUGGAUAAAUAUAUAUUCAAAUAUUCUACAUAUAGAUCAUUUUUUAUUUGGAUGAACUGAGGUUUGUAAUUUAAUGUUGAAAUUUAUCAGUCUUUUCCCCCGUGUCAUAUUU